AUGGCAACCUUGACGACUAUGGCGACUACGGCAACCAUGGCAACUACAGAAGCCAGCCAGCCCCUCGAAGCCCAAGCCAGAACGGCCCUGACCAAAGCAACAAGCUACGCCUGGGAGAUCAUCUCCAACCGCCACUGGUGCGGCGAGCUCGAGUCUAACGUGACCGUGACCUGCGAGCACAUCUUCUUUCUUUACGUUCUCUACCAACACAUCGACCCCGACGAAGGUAGCCAAUACCGCCAAUGGCUGCUCUCGCAGCAAAACGCCGACGGCUCUUGGGGCAUCGCACCCAACUACCCCGGCGACGUCUCCACAAGCGCAGAGGCAUACCUAGCCCUGAGAAUCAUAGGAAUGUCCCCGGACAGCCCUGAGCUGUUCCAAGCGCGAACCUUCAUCCGGGCCGCCGGCGGGCUCUCCAAGAUGCGCAUGUUCACCCGCAUCUUCUUCGCGGAGUUCGGUCUCGUCCCUUGGACUGCCAUACCCCAGCUGCCCGCAGAGUUUAUUCUUGUCCCCGCUCACUUCCCCAUCAGCAUCUACCGCCUUGCCUCGUGGGCGCGCAGCAACGUCGUCCCGCUGCUUAUAAUCGCCCACCACAGACCCCUCUACCCGCUCCCCAACGGGCUACACAAGCAAAACCCAUUCCUGGAUGAGCUCUGGCUCGACCCGGCCACAAAGCCCCUCCCCUACGGCUCCUUAGACCCCACUGACCCCCUCUCCUUUGUCUUUACCAUCCUCGACAAAGCCCUCUCUUACCUCGGCGGCCUCCGCCGCUGCCCCACAAGAGGUUAUGCGCGCCGUCGCUGUAUACAGUGGAUCCUACAGCACCAGGAGAAAGCCGGCGACUGGGCAGGUAUCAUCCCGCCCAUGCACGCUGGCAUCAAGGCCCUUUGGCUCGAAGGGUACAAGUUACACGAUGAGCCGAUCCAGCUUGGUCUAGCGGCCAUCGAACGCUUCACCUGGACAGACAACCGUGGCAAGCGCCUCCAAUGCUGCAUCUCCCCCGUCUGGGACACGGUACUCAUGAUCCGCGCAUUGCAAGAUACUCCCGCCUCCCUGGGCAUAAAAUCGGACCCCCGCAUCGCCGACGCCCUGGCCUGGACGGCCGAGAACCAGCACCGCGGCCCCGAGGGCGACUGGCGUGUUUACCAGCCCAACAUCCCCGUCGGUGGGUGGGCGUUCGAAUACUCUAACACGUGGUACCCGGAUAUCGAUGAUACGGCGGCGGCGGUUCUAGCAUUUUUGACGCAUGACCCGGCCACCGCGCGGUCGAGGCUCGUGCGCGAUGCGGUGUUGUGGAUUGUAGGCAUGCAGAAUGCCGAUGGCGGGUGGGCGGCGUUCGACCAUGAGAAUAACCGGCUGUUUCUGAACAAGAUCCCGUUCAGCGAUAUGGAAAGUCUUUGUGAUCCGAGUACGCCGGAUGUGACGGGGCGGACGAUUGAGUGUUUGGGAAUGUUGCGCGAUUUGCUUAUGCUUCCGGCCGAGAAGGCCGGGAAGAAGGGGGAGAAAUACGGAUAUCCAGAUGGCGAGAGGGAUGCAGCAGCGGAUUCACACCUCCUCAAAAUCAUCAACACCGCCUGCGCCCGCGCAAUCCCCUACCUCAUCCGCACCCAGGAAGCCACGGGCGCCUGGUACGGCCGGUGGGCGGUAAACUAUGUCUAUGGCACAUGCCUCGUUCUCUGCGGGCUGCAGUAUUUCAAGCACGACCCGACGUUCGCGCCGGAAAUAGACACCAUGGCGACUCGUGCCGUGAAGUGGCUAAGGCAGAUCCAAAACUCCGACGGCGGGUGGGGUGAAUCCGUCCUCUCGUACCGCGAGCCCUGGCGGGCCGGGUGUGGGCCUUCCACGCCCUCGCAGACGGCAUGGGCGCUUAUGGGUCUCUUGACAGUUUGCGGGGGCGAGGAUCGGUCGGUGCAGCGCGGGGUGAGGCAUCUGGUGGAUACGCAGGAUGAUAUUUUGAGUAAGGGUGAAGGUGGGGCGGCGGCGUGGACAGAGCGCGAGUUCACGAGCACGGGGUUCCCGAACCAUUUCUACAUCUCCUAUACGCUGUAUCGGGUUUAUUUUCCUAUUACAGCAUUGGGGAGGUAUCUUUCUUUGGUUGAAGGCGGCAAGAAGGAGAACGGUGGGGGCGCUUAA